AUGGAGGCCACUAUCGCCCGCACUAACGAGCUCGGACUGUUGACUAUCACGUCGGCGUUUUUCUCGAACGCCGAACGCCUGCGCAUCCGCCUAGCCCAGGGCGAUCCAUCCGAUGGCGUCGACUAUCCCUCCAACGUGGCACGUCCUGGCCUCCACUCUCGCUCGUUCCGGAGUCGGCGUGGUUCGCCAGUAGCCUCUGCGAAGGUCGCCCGUAGAAAACGACCCUUCCAGAAGCCGUUGCUGUCGGGCCCCGUGCAGAAAUUCCGCAAAUCCCGCCGUCCCCUGCCCACCACUACUACCGUCUGUCUCGCGACACAGGCCGAGGUGGAAUGGUUCUUUGCCCUUCCGCCUAAAAUUCAACAGAAGCAUUUCUCAGCAGAAGAACGUCGCCGACUGAGGCAAGCCUGCUGGAACAGGAACACGGAAAUCUUGGAUCCGGCCGACGAAGCAUUAUAUCGUCUCCACAAGUCCCAGCAGACCCUGCCCGCAGACGCUCUCUCUUUGGAGGGGACGACUCUGCCUACAUCCCCUUCAUCGAUCCCCUACCUGGACUUCUCGAGUGAUACAUCCGACGACGAGGACGACAUGGAUGCGUCUCUCUAUGACAGCUUUCGGUGGCUGGACGAGGAUGGGGAGCUCGACCUGACUUUGGACGAAUAUCGUCCGCAUGUGAGCAAUUCCACCUCAGACCUGCCCUCCCGCCAAAGACCGUCUUUCAGGAGAACCCUCUCGCUGAACUCGGUCGGCCUGAGUCGUAGGAUGUCGACGUCCGUGUCUCUGAGAAAAGUCCCCGGCUCCAGUCAGUCCUCGAACGUUCCCUCCGCCUUGACGCAUGCCGCCGGGCGUGGGUCGACCACUCGACCACCGUCCGGACAGAGACAGCCUUAUCAUGCGCCUCGAUCUUCCACGUCCAGCAUCGAUCCCUCCGCACAGUAUUACCAGGACCCCGAGGCGCGCCUAAAACUGCGAGUUUACCUGGCAUCUCCGCAGAAGUUCGAUGAAGCGAUUGAGUUUGGGUUUCCUGCGUUGGGGGACAAGACCCGGUCGCCCCAACGAGCUCCUGGUGACUACCAGCCGAAAUGCCAUGACUUUAUCGGCACGUUCCUGGAGGAUGACGAUACAUCAAUCGCCAGCGACAACGAAGAGAGCCAUGCGGAUCGCUCUCGCUUCUCAUACACCACAAGCGGUACCCCGAGCUCGCAUGACCUUCCUUUCCGGGCCAACAAGAGACAGACGUGGGUGCCGACGGCCAAUUCUACCGCGUACCGACCUCCGAAGAACCGUGAAAUGACACUGAAAAUGACAUUGACCCGACCGGAUCUACGAACCGACUCCGGUAGUCCGUCGCCCCCCGCGGUCGACCCAAUGAAGCCAGAGCUUUCGCCGGCGAGUGGUGGCAUGGAGACAUGGGAAACAGACAAGACGGAUCAGAGCCUGAUGAAGAAGGUAUGGCGUAGGAUCCGGGGCCAAGGUAGCUGA